UUGAAAUGACAACUUGUCAAACCAAAAACAUCGGUUUCCCAUUCAAAUUAGACGAAAUUUAUUUUUUCUGAAUUAUAGCCACAAUGCAAUGUACUUUAAGAACUCCGCUUUUAUGGCGCCCAACCUUAAGCAACUUAAGGAUCACCAACGGCUACUCAAAGGAUGCCAAGACCCUCAAGCGCUUGGGCACCAGUCCCCGGAAUGUUCGCGAUCACCCCGAAGGAUGUACGCCGCAAACUCUAAACACAACGGCCUUCAGCUCCCCGGAUUUCAUACCCCCGUCAACCUACAGAAUCGUGGACGAAAAGGAGCAACUUGGACCCAAGGCGGGAAAAAAGCAAACCUACAAGAAUCCGGAGUACUACAGCUAUUAUCGCUACUCGUACUACGACCUGAAGACAAUCGUGGAUACCAUUAAAAAGAAGCAAUCAACUAAGAAGUAGUAACAAACCGCACCAGCUUAGACACACUGAAGAAAAUUCCAACCACAAGCUGCCAGUAAUUCGCGAUACUUUUCCAGAAACUAAUUCAGCUAAUAAUUAUAAUAAUUCGAUGGUAAAA